AUGGAAUGUAAAGAUCAAACAACUCUAGAGCAUCGCACUGAGGUUAUAAGGAAAUUUUGAGUAAUUAAUCUAUUGAGAAGGCUUAUUUUUUCAAAGAAGAUGAAUGCGGAACUACUAGAUACAACAUUUUGGGAGGAUUCAGAGAAUUAUGACUUUAGUUUUUGCUUAGAACACUCAAAAUAUAUAAAAUUAAUAAGAAAGAUGAAGUAUAUAAAAUUUAUGAACACAAACAAGCUCAACUUAAAUGACAUCACAGACAGAAAAAAGCAUAUUUGCGAUUUCAUGAACUUCUCAUUUCCGAAUAAAGUCAAUCACCUCAGUAUUUCGUCAUUUACUCUGACAAAGCUGGGUAGAUCGGGUUACUUUAACUCAUUGGCCAGACUAAGCCCUAAAAUUUUACAAGAUGUUACCUUCCAGCAGUGCUGUAUAAGCGAUGGCCAACUUAAGAGGCUGAUGGCAUCCUUCAGACAUGUGCAAGUAUUGAAGCUUUGGUAUUGCAAACUAUCUGUUCCGACCAUUCCUGAUUUCACAAAAGCACUUAAAAAUUGCCAGAUAAAAGAGCUUGAUCUAUUUGGAUCAGGAGGCAUUGAAUACAGCGAUUGGGAGAACAACCUUGAAGAAUUCAUGAACUUGGUAAAAGGUUUAGCAAGUUCGAAGGAUUUCAGAUUAAAUUUUAGAAUAUUAGAGAUAAGUCACUGCUUAAUAGAGGAAGAAGAAGUAGAGAAAAUAUUUCACGCGAAUCAACUUGGAGAAAUUGAAAUAAUUUUGUAA